AUGAAAGUACUUGGUCAAUGGGGAAUCGGCAAGGAACUAGACAACAAGCACUUUGCCAAGAACCAAGGUAUGGAACUGUUACGACGAGACAAAGGACCAAGUCUUGGCCAUUUGGUUCACUAUUAUGGAAGCGAAGAGCAUUUCUUUGCAUUGGGAAUGUUACCUGAGUGUGUCAGACAUGGUAAACCUGCUUUUAAACUUCAGCACGGAAUGUCACACUACAACUAUAUGAGUGAUAUGACAACCCACCCAUACAGCGAAUCCAAGAUGGUAAUGGGUUCCUCACAGCAUUUAAUCGGUAGCAAUGAACGUAGAAGGGAGUUUGCACAAAACUACAUCCAUGCCAUGGCUUGCAUUUCAAACCUGACCCUUCUACAAGACCAUGAAGGAAUCAAUAAUGUUUACGAAGUCUAUCCAUGGUCAAGUUGUGCAAAGCUUGUUGAUGUUGGUGGCAGCACAGGUCACUUUAUGGCAUCCGUCAUGAAACGACCAGGUUGUGAACACAUCCAAGGAUUCGUCAUGGAUUUACCAGCUGUCAUUGAAGAGGCUGAGAAACGUGUGAAUGACCUUGGGCUCAGUAGCAAUCGCAUUGCCUUUAUAAAACAAGAUAUAAUGAAGCCUUUCUGCAGCCUUGAUCUCCACGCCGAUACUGUAACGAUGAAAAGUUUCAUAUGUGGUUUUGCAGAUGAAGAUAAGGUGUCAGCUUUGAAGAAUUGCAAGAGCCUUUUUAGAGGUAGUGGCAGAUUGCUGAUAAUAGAGGUAUGCUCUCCUAAUCCUGGAGAUUUAAAUCACAAUAUUGGCUUGAAUGGCCGACAGAAUGGAUUCUGGAAUAUUCACAUGUUAAGUGCUUGUGGUACUUCCUUUCCAUCAUUAAAAGAGAUAACUGAUACCAUCCAAGAGGCUGGGAAUAAAGCAGGUUACAAAUUGAACCAAAUUUACAACACUUUUCCAGGAGGGUAUACAAUAUUUGAACUAUUUACUCAAUAG